UUUAAUUGUAGUUUAAAUGAUGCGCCUUAAAACCCUUGGUACGGGAAUAAUUAGCUAAGUGCACUUUAACAAGCUUUCAAAGAGCAAAUAACCUCUUGCACUGUAAGGAAUUGACACAUUACUAUGAAGCUGGUCAGCCAAUGGGAAGCCACGAAUAUUCCUAUAAAUUGGAUGGCUUUCAUGUCAUCGGAACAUCAGACCCUUCGCUUAUCCUCUCAUUCCAUUGCGUACCUUACUUUAGUGUCCUUUCUCCAGUAUGAGGGCUGUACCUGUAGGCUGUGUCCUUUUCUUACUCCUGGUAGCAGUUACUGAGGUUAAAGGAGACGGACAAUUUGUGAAGCUGUGCGGCAGAGAAUUUAUCCGAGCUGUGAUAUACACCUGUGGAGGUUCCCGAUGGAGAAGAUUGCUCUUAGCAGAACCGGAAGAUGUUCCUGGUAAGACUCUCACCUGCUUUCAAAAUAUUUCACUAAUAUUGGCCACGAUUUUAUAUUUUUUUGGAUAAGCCUUUAAAAUGGUUUAGUAUUUUUUUUUUAAAACUUUUAAAAUUAUUAUUUUUUUUAAUUUAAAAAAUAUAAAUAUUUAAUGAAUAUCCUUGAAAGCAUAUUCAGAGCUUAGUAAAUCAAUUUUAAAUAAUGUUUUGCGUUGACUUGGAAACAAAAACGCUACGUUUUUUUUUGUCAAAUUCGUAGAGUUGAACCAUUUUCCUAAACAGACUAUAUUGGCCUGUAUAUUUUGCCAUUUGUUUGUCAAGUUCCAGUUUUGAUUAACCCCACAAUUGAUUGAUCUAGGGUUAUUAUUAAUUUCCAUUUACCAUCCAAAAUACAAUACUAUAACAGCAAUAAGUAUAUAUAUAUAUAAAAUAAACGUAAUGUCCCGCACUCACUGCUCCCGGUCUUGUCUGUUGCCCAGGUGCAAACUUCGACCUCCAAAUAUAUAAAUCCUUGUUUGAAGUGCACUCACAUGACUCAGAAUUAUUUCAAAUCGUGCUGUUUAUUCAAAGGAUCAAAUUUACAGUAAAUAGUGUCAACGUUUCAGUUCUCCAGGGACUUUUCUCAAGGUCUUGAGACCUCCAGGGUCUUGAGAAAUGUCCCUGGAGGACUGAAACGUUGACACUACUGUAAAUUUAAUGCUUUGAAUAAACAGCACGAUUUGAAAUAAUUCUGAGUCCUGUGAGUGCACUUCAAACAAGGAUUUAUAUAUAUAUAUAUAUAGAAACAUGGAAUGUGACGGCAGAUAAGAACCAUUCGGCCCAUCUAGUCUGCCCAAUUUUCUAAAUACUUUCAUUAGUCCCUGGCCUUAUCUUGUAGUUAGGAUAUAUAUAUAUUUAAAAUAUAAUUAAUUAUGCAAAUAGAACACGGUAGUUCUCCUUUCUACAUGUGAUGUGCAUAGUAAAACAUGAAUGAAAAGAAAUAUUAAGUAAAGUAAACUGUUAAACUAAUAAUCAAAACACAUACUUACCUUAAGGACACCUUAAAGGAACACUAGGCAUCAAAACAACUUUAGAUUAAUGAAGCGUUUUUAGUGUAUAUAUCCUACCCCUGCAGUCUCACUGUUCAAUUCUCUGCCAUUUAGGAGUUAAUCCACUUUUGUUUCUGUUUAUGCAGCCCUAGCCACACCUCCCUGGCGGUGACUGACACGUGAUGUUAACUUGCUUUAGAAGUUGUAAUCUCCUGCUCUGUAAAUUGAACUUUAUUCACACACAUUGCUAGAAGGAAACAGAGCAGGAAAUAAUAAUAAUUUCUAACUUAAAGAGAAAGUUCAAUAAAGGAAGUUUAAAAGGACACUGUAGACACCCAGACCACUUCAUCUUAUUAAAGUGAACAUUUCCUCUAGUGGCUGUCUUCUAGACACUAUAGCUGCUUCGUCGAUUUACACAGAGUUUAACUUUGUGAAAUGACGCUGUACGUCCUGUACGACGCUGUAUGUCAGCAUCUUCAAAAUCCUCACAGCAAAGUUAUACGUACGAAAAGCAACACUUUGCAGGUGAACACUUUACAUGAUUUAUGUAUCAGGUGCCUAUAGGUGCAAAAUCCCUGGCUCCCCAAAAUAUCUCUUGCAUGAAUUAUAUUCUGAUAAAGAGGCUGAUCGAGGAAAAAGCACGGGACAGGAAGAUGGGAAGAGGCAGAGGGUGUACUUAUGAGUAUUUGGCACAUGGGGCUUUGUCUGUGGGCACAUCUGCCCCAUCCCUCCCAAUCCGAGUCCUAGCUUUAUAUCUCUGAAGUUGACAAUUAUUUUAGGUCUAAUUAUGAAUUUUGAAUUUGUUCCAGCCUCUUGUGUUUAAAUCAUACACUUGACUUCGGUCUGCAACUAGACCUGGCAGGCAUACAGUCACUAGAAAUUGAAGGGAGAUAAAACCUUCACAAGCAGGCUGGGAGAGUACAGGGUACAAAGAGUGACUGCCCCCUAUGGGCCAUGGGGCAGAGUGCGUCUGUGUGCAAUGAGCUAUAACUAAAUGUGCAGCGUGAGCGUGUCUAGUGAUAUCUUUGUUCUGUGCAUUAUAGGGACUGUGGGACAGGACUUCAUAGUGUUAUAGUGUGUGUUUAGUAUAACUGUGUCUAAAGUAGUAUUAGAGUGAAAGACGGUAUGUGUAAUUUUUGGUGGUGGAUCUUGGAAUGGAAAAAAAUGACUUUUAACUCGAAAGGUACAUAUUAUUUUAGAACCACUGAGUAGAUGUUGUUUUUUAACCUUUGCAGCUUAUAUUGAAGAAAUGUUAAAAAUGUUGGGUGGCUCUGCGAUGGAUUGCUGUUAUCUUAAAUGCCCUGGACUAUUUUUUUGCCCCAUCCCAGCCCAGUUGCCAACUCAACCCAAUUAAAGUACACCACUGUGUUCAAGGUCCUAUAAGGGGCAGCAUUGACUUUAAAAAUUAUUAUUUGGUGGCAAAUGGGGUGAAUACUUAUUGUGCUAAAUUAUAAAACAAAUUAAAAAAAAGAUUUUAUUUGCCUGGUACCUAGUACCUAGUACCUGCCAGACUGUUCCACAUUGGACUUUUCAUUACAAUGGCAUUGUGUAUCAUGCAGAGGCAGUGGUGUAUCCUGGUUUUGUGCUGCCCAGCCCCAGGGAAUGCUGGGGGGGGAAGGGGUUCUCCCUUUCCCCGGGGUCCAGUGGGGCUACAGGGCAGGCGCUGGCGAGGGAGCACUGAUUAGUCAUAUUCCGUAUCCCGGCAUCACUCUGCGGUGCUCCCUCGCCAGCGCCACCUGCCCGACCUGAUUUUUAGUUAGCCGCAAGGCUAACAAGACAUUUGCCCUGGGCAUUUGGGGACGUCUUUUUUUGCCGCCCCCUGGAAAAUGCCGCCCACAGCAAAUGCCUUGUUUGCCUCGCGGCUAAUACGUCCCUGCAUAGAGGUAGUAUGACACUCGUGGUAGAAAUGCCAGUUGGCUCAACCCUUUUGAUCUUGUGUUAGCCAAAGACACAACUGAGAUAUUCAUACUUUUUGGAAUACAAAAUGUAUCAAUGUAUGUUAUUAAUAUGCUAUUAUCACUUUAAUAAUGUAAUAUUGUGUUCUUCCAUAGACAGGGGACAGAUCUUCGAUUUACAUAAUGGAAAUAUCGAUGCCAGCGAACCUUCGGAAUUUCAGCUGCAGAAAUUAAAGUCCCACACUGAAGAGGUCCAACAUAGCGAAUCGAUGGAAGACUUUUGGGAUUCUGAGAAAAAUUCAUUUCAAGAGAGACGUGAUCUCAACGAGCUACUGACCACUGCAUGCUGCAAAACCGGCUGCAAGAAAAAGGAUUUAAGCUCACUGUGUUAAAUAAGAAUUUUUUAGUUCUUCGGGUGCCAUAAGAAUAGGCAAAGCAUCCCUCUGGCACCCUAUAUGUGUGUAAAAAUAAAUUCCUGCUGGGGGAGGUACAUCCAGAUCAAUAAAUCCACUACUUCUGUUUUCAAAAUAUUCACCCCAGUAAAUCUUUAUCAUUCUUUGUGGUCCUAGAUAUUUAGACUUAAGUUUAUAAUAAAAAAAAAGUUCUUUGUAUUUAAAGAAAUGUAAUAAAUGCUGUCUGCU